GCCGAGCUCAGGUAGGCGGGGCCCCUGGCUCCUAACUUUGGAACCUUCGGGUAGGCGGAGGUGGAGAGGGGACCUCGAGAGCCCUGAGGAGACAACUCCACCCCUAGGUGGUUUGAACUUUGAGCCUGUUUAGUCCUGAUGAGAAGUUUGGCUUUCCUCAAGUUUAAGACACUUGGAACUUCAAGAAUUGGAGGUUUAUGCCAAUUGAGACCGGUCAGCACUGAGCAGAGUUAAGAGUACUAAGAGGCAGAGAUUAAAAUGGCUUCCAGAGGAAAGACAGAGACAAGCAAACUAAAGCAGAAUUUAGAAGAACAGUUGGAUAGACUAAUGCAGCAAUUACAAGAUCUGGAGGAAUGCAGAGAGGAACUUGACACAGAUGAAUAUGAAGAAACCAAAAAGGAAACUCUGGAGCAACUAAGUGAAUUUAAUGAUUCACUGAAGAAAAUUAUGUCUGGAAAUAUGACUUUGGUCGAUGAACUAAGUGGAAUGCAACUGGCUAUUCAGGCAGCUAUCAGCCAGGCCUUUAAAACCCCAGAGGUCAUCAGAUUAUUUGCAAAGAAACAACCAGGUCAGCUUCGGACAAGGUUAGCAGAGAUGGAUAGAGAUCUCAUGGUAGGAAAGCUGGAAAGAGACCUGUAUACUCAACAGAAAGUGGAGAUACUUACAGCUCUCAGGAAACUUGGAGAGAAGCUGACUGCAGAUGAUGAGAACUUCUUGUCAGCAAAUGCAGGUGCUAUUCUCAGCCAAUUUGAGAAAGUCUCUACAGACCUUGGCUCUGGAGACAAAGUUCUUGCUCUGGCAAGUUUUGAGGUUGAAAAAACGAAAAAAUGAUAUGGUGUGAAAGCUUGGGAGAUUGAUCACAUUCUUAUUGUAAAUGGUAUUUUUCCUCUGGGGAGUUUGAGUUAUGGCAGAGAAGUCAAGAGAUUCAUGAAAUGUGUACAUAACCUAAGAAAAGGUGACAGAAAAACGUACUCACUGCUUUUGUUUAUGCUCUUCGUCAUUGUGCUUUGUGUAGGGAUACACACUUUAGUCAUUCUGGCCUUGUUGGGAUAGAAGGCCUCAUGAACCUUGUUCAUUAUAGUUUGUCUGUUUAAGAGAAAACAGUGUCUCUGCCUGUUUUUAUUAAACUUCUCUGCUCUUAAGUGCUGAUAGUAAAUGAAAAGAUGUGAAGUGACAGUUCUUUUCUGCUCAUAAUUUAUCCCCAUUUGUUGGAGUAAAUAAUGUAGCAACAUCAAUAGACCUCAUAUAUGUUCAUAGCAUUUUAGAGUUCUAUGUGAUCUUAGAAAUCAUUUUCAUGUUACAUACAAGGAAAAUGAGGCUCAGAAAGAGCAAGUGACUUGUUUGUAGUCUUAUUAGAGACAGAGCUGGGGAUAAGACUUGGGUGUCCUGUCAGUGUAAUGUCCAUUGAGUUUUAUUUGUUUAUUUUGUGCUACUUUUAAAAAAUAAUUAAGACAUAUUUGUACAAGUCUGUGUUUAUGAAAAUUCAGUGUCCCAAUAA